UAUAUUUUUAUCCGUUUGGCUGUGGUUGUUGUAGUUAUCCCUCUGUGGGUCAUUGGAGGUCGCGCCCAUCACGAGCGUUAUUUUCUCCCUUUGAUUCCUUUAAUUUUGAUUUUGAGUUUGUUUUUAUGUUUUUGGUCUGAACUCUGAUGAUGAAGUGGGAGUAGUAAUGAAAAACCAAGCAAAACCCUCCACUAUCCAAUGCUCAGAUUCGUCACCCAUUCAUCUCUUUUCUUUGGUUUUUGAGCAUCUUCACACAAAUCCAUAAUACCCACACCCAAAGGAAAGAAAAAAUUAUCCCAAAAUUAGGAAACUAAGAAGAAGAUCAAGAAAUUAACAAUCAUGAAAAGAGACCUUCAUCAUCUCCAAUCCAACCCAGACCCACCGACUGUAGGUAGCUCUUCGGUUUGCGGUGGUUCUACAACCGGAAAGACCAAGAUGUGGGAGGAAGAAGCCGCCCAACAAGACUGUGGAAUGGAUGAGCUUUUGGCGGUUCUUGGGUACAAGGUUAAAACUUCAGACAUGGCAGAAGUGGCUCAAAAGCUUGAGCAGUUAGAGGAAGUUAUGUGUAAUGUUCAAGAUGAUGGGAUUUCACAUCUUGCUUCUGAAACCGUUCAUUAUAAUCCUUCCGAUCUAUCCACUUGGCUUGAAAGCAUGCUCUGCGAGCUUAACCCUCCCUCCACUCCUGUUGUAGCUGCUGGAACGACGGCGGCGGCGGCGGCGGCUACGUUAGAUGAUUCAUUUCUUGCCCCGGCUGAGUCGUCAACUUUAACGACGUUGGAUUUCGGCAACAACAAUAAAAAACAUCAGAAAAGAGGGCAACAAAUCUUGGAGGAAGCUUCGUGUUCAGACUAUGAUCUCAAAGCAAUUCCGGGUAAGGCUAUUUAUUCUCAAAAAGCCCAAAGUCAAACCCACGAUUCGUCGUCUCCUUCUACUCAAAACAACGUUAAAUCUGAAAAACGCUUGAAAUCCUCAUCUGGGUCGCACUUGGAUAUCUUCCCUCCUGAUGCUUCAUAUGGAAUUUCGGCUGAGUCAACUCGUCCUGUAGUCCUGGUUGACUCACAAGAAAACGGAAUCCGGCUCGUCCAUACUUUGAUGGCAUGUGCAGAAGCUGUCCAGCAAAAGAAUUUUAGUCUGGCCGAAGCGUUGGUGAAACAAAUUGGGAUUUUAGCGAUUUCUCAAGCUGGGGCUAUGCGAAAAGUUGCUACGUGUUUUGCUGAAGCAUUAGCUCGAAGGAUUUAUAGAUUAUAUCCUCAAAACCCACUCGACCAUUCUUUAUCAGAUGUUCUUCACAUGCACUUUUAUGAGACUUGCCCUUAUCUGAAGUUCGCUCAUUUCACAGCUAACCAAGCUAUUCUAGAAGCUUUUGAAGGCAAAAAAAGGGUUCAUGUUAUCGAUUUUUCGAUGAAUCAGGGUAUGCAAUGGCCUGCUUUGAUGCAAGCUUUAGCAUUAAGAGUUGGUGGUCCACCGACUUUUAGAUUAACUGGGAUUGGACCUCCCAGCCAUGAUAACUCGGAUCACUUGCAAGAAGUUGGUUGGAAGUUGGCUCAGUUAGCUGAAAUGAUUCACGUUAAGUUUGAAUACCGUGGGUUCGUGGCUAAUUCUUUGGCUGAUUUGGAAGCUUCAAUGCUUGAUGUUAGACCGACUGAAGUUGAAGUCGUGGCUGUUAACUCAGUUUUUGAGUUACACAAAUUGUUGGCUCGGCCUGGUGCUAUUGACAAAGUUUUAUCUCUGGUGAAACGAAUGAAGCCUGAGAUUGUUACUAUUGUUGAGCAAGAAGCGAACCAUAACGGUCCGAUCUUCUUAGACCGGUUCACUGAGUCUUUACAUUAUUAUUCGACGCUAUUUGACUCGUUGGAGGGGUCGGUUAGUAGUCAGGAUAAGGUUAUGUCGGAGGCGUAUUUGGGAAAACAGAUUUGUAAUGUGGUGGCUUGUGAAGGGGUGGACCGAGUUGAGAGGCACGAGACGUUGACUCAGUGGAGAACUCGGUUGGUUUCGGCGGGGUUUGCACCAGUUCACUUGGGCUCUAAUGCGUUCAAGCAAGCUAGCAUGUUGUUGGCCUUGUUUGCCGGCGGAGAUGGGCAUGCAGUGGAGGAGAAUAACGGGUGUUUGAUGCUGGGAUGGCAUAACCGCCCACUAAUUACGACUUCUGCGUGGAAACUCGCUAACAAAAUAACAGCUUUUGCCCGCUGAGUUAGUUACUUGACUCAAUGAGUUAGGAGUAAAUUCAGUUUGGUACCUACCAAACCCUAUCUCGGUUGUUCACAAUGUUCUAUUCUGAGCUGGUGCCGUCCUGCCGGAUGAGACUGAGACCCUCCACUCCCAAUCUUGUCGACCCCUUUUUUAAUUUUUCUAAUUAUUCAGUCCAUUUUUUUUUUUAUUUUAAUUUUCAGGUUUUUUUUUGUUGGAAAUCUUUCGUAUUUUCAGGGUGAAUAAAAAAAAGUGUCAAUGUAUUCAUGUUUAUAUGUAUAAUAGCUUUGGUUUGAAAAAAAAAUGAGAACCCUUUUUA